AACACCAAGCUUGAUCUUUAGCUAGGUCCGAGAGAAAACAGAGAUACGCACACACACACAAACACAAACAUAAGUCACAACGAUGGUGUCUAUGUUGAUGAACUUCAUUUUCCCACCGCCAGAGUCUCUGGUUGUUUCGGGCAUGUCAGUGAUAAGCUUCGUGUCACUGGCGAACUCUGGCCUCUCCGAAAUAAGAGGGAAGCACUUGAACUAUUCAAAGUUUUGGAAUGCUAACUCCACUGCACAGAGGCAGAUCAAGUUGUCAAGUAAAACUGGAAUGCUUCUCUUGUACACUCCUGCUUUUCUUGCUGGCUUUGCGUCUUUCUGGAUCUUUCCUCAUGAAGGGGUUAGAUCCACUAUUCUUCAAGCUUCUGUUACCUUCCAUUUCUUCAAGAGGGUCUUUGAGGUUCUGUUUAUUCACAAAUAUAGUGGUGAGAUGCUUCUUGACUCUGCAAUCCCCAUCACUCUGAGUUAUUUCCUAUCAACUGCAACUAUGAUCUAUGCUCAGCACCUAACACAAGGGCUUCCAGAACCACCAAUCAAUCUUCUGUAUCCUGGCAUUGCGUUGUUUGUGGUUGGCAUCAUUGGAAACUUGUACCACCACUACCUUCUAUCCAAAUUAAGAGGAGAGGGUGAAAAGGAGUACAAGAUUCCAAAGGGUGGCUUGUUUGAGCUUGUGAUAUGCCCCCACUACCUUUUUGAGAUUAUGGUGUUUUAUGGGGUCUCCUUCAUUUCUCAGACGCUUUAUGCAUUCUCUUUCACUGUAGGCACUACUUUGUACUUGCUAGGUAGGAGUUAUGUAACUAGGAAAUGGUAUCUUUCUAAGUUUGAAGAUUUCCCUAAGCAUGUUAAAGCUGUCAUCCCAUUUGUCUUCUGAAUCUUUCAAGAAACAACUAAUUAUACUUGAGUUAUAAGCGUGCUAGAUUCUGUUUAUUGGAACUGCAACUCUCCAAAAUCAAAAUUUGGGUGAUAAGUGAAACAAAUGUUGUAAUUUUGGUUGAUUAUUUGCAGUGCAGCUACUGAAGAAAGAAAGAAAAAAAUGUCAUUUGGAGCCUUUAGAA